AUGAGCGACAGGGAACUUGGUCUCCCGGCGCUGAUGAAAGCACACAGUAGCUUGGGCUACUUGAGUGGAGGCGUCUGUUUGCUCGCAGGUACGCUCGUUGCGCGCUACGCUCGUUUCUGGCGGCACUGGUAUGUGGCACACGUCGUUCUACAAGUCACAGGUUUCCUGCUAACGCUACUUGGCUUUUGUUUGACGGAGAUAUGGCACCAGGGUUUUUUGGUUAUGCAGGAUUUGCAUGCUUGGAACGGAUUCGCUUUUCUCUGUCUAUACUUUGGUCAACUGUGGCUGGGGAUGCUCCGUCCACACGCGGCGAGUCGUUGGCGUCCUCUGUGGCGUCGAGCGCACGCAGCUGUCGGGGUGUUGCUUGUGGCUGACUACAUCGUUCAGCUCUACAGUGGUAUCCAUCGACUCUUUCGCAUGUUCAACUUACCAAACGCAAGAUACUUUAUUGUGUGGAGCGUAGCGCUGGGCGUUUUUGCGGUGUCCAUCGUUCUGUUGGAACCGACACGGUGGCCACCCAGCCGUUCAGUGGUGAAGCACUGGCGCCUUGACGCACAGCGAUACGCGUACCGUACUCGUGUGUUAUUGAUUACAAUCACUGCACUGUGUGCUGCUUUCCUGGUAUUUCUGGUGCUUCUGUUGACCAACCAGAGCUUCGCUCCAUGGAGCAACGAUGGCGGCAUGAGCGGUAUGCCGGCCAUGCCGAUGCAUACGACCUUUUUCUGGUAUGAUGAACGCGGCUUCAAUCUAUGGUUCUCUUCGCUGGUUGUGAUCGGUGUUGGUCGUCUUAUUGCCGCUGGGAUUCUGGUGGCAACGCUUGCGUACACUGCGAGCUUUGCCCUGCACGUCGUGAUGCGAAGCGGUUCACCAAGAGGACCGCAACCGGCGCAAACGAAUGCACCGAAAAUGUCUUGGGUUGCACGUGCGCUCGUUCACGUGUGUUUGGUUGCAUUGCACUAUCUGCUGAUGUUAGCUGUCAUGACAUACAGCGUUCCGCUCCUUUUGUCUAUUCUAAUAGGCCACGGCCUGGGUGCGUUGGGGUCGAACUUUUGGCGUUCGAGCGGCGACACAGCGGCGUUCAACAGCGACACGGAAGAGAAGCUCCUGGAGCCAAGCGCAGAGCGUUAUGCAUCGCCAAAGAUCCCAGAUGGGAAACAGGAUCUGCGGGUCUUGCUCAAUGCAGACUGCUGUGCUUCUUCGACGUGUUGCGGUUCAAAGUGUACCUGUGAACCUGGUCGCUGUUUCUGUGGAAUCGAGGUGUGCAGCGAUAAGCGCUCCAGCUGUUGCACCUGA